AUGGAGGGAAGGGAAUCGAAUCGACUCGAAUCGGUUCGAAUCGACUCGAAUCGACUCGAAUCGGUUCGAAUCGGUUCGAAUCGACUCGAAUCGGUUCGAAUCGACUCGAAUCGACUCGAAUCGGUUCGAAUCGACUCGAAUCGGUUCGAAUCGACUCGAAUCGGUUCGAAUCGACUCGAAUCGGUUCGAAUCGGCUCGAAUCGACUCGAAUCGGUUCGAAUCGGUUCGAAUCGACUCGAAUCGGUUCGAAUCGACUCGAAUCGGAUCGAAUCAAGCGGGUAG